AUGAUUAGUUCGAACCGCCUCUCCUUCCUUUCACGAACACUUCCUUCUGCUUGUAAAUUCUUUCUUUACACUACCAGUCCUCCUACUUCACUGUUCACCAGAGUUUCGGAGGAAGUUCGAAGCGCACUGUCGGCUGAUAGACCAGUCGUCGCAUUAGAGAGCACAAUCUUGACGCAUGGUCUUCCCCCGGACCGCGCCUUCACCCUCGGCAUCGAUGUCGAAGCUGUCGUGCGCAGGCAUGGCGCCAUUCCUGCAACGAUUGCAAUCUUCGAUGGCAAAGUUCACAUUGGUUUGAGCAAAUGCGAGCUCGAGCGCCUAAUCGACUCAUCAAGCCGCGGAAACACCAAGAAAGCUGCCAUUCGUGACCUGCCCUUUGCACUUAACUGCCCCGAUCACAGUCGCGUCUUCGGCACCACUGUUUCUGCAACUUCAUUUGCAGCUCAUUUAGUUGGAAUUCAGAUUUUCGCCACUGGGGGAACCGGUGGGGUGCACCGGGAUGGAGAGAACACCAUGGACGUUUCCUCUGAUCUACUGGCACUUGCAACAAUUCCAGUGGCGGUAGUUUCGGCAGGUGUCAAGUCUAUCCUUGAUAUCCCCAGAACGUUGGAGGUUCUGGAAUCGAAGGGCGUGACCGUCGCAAGUGUGGGAACAGACGAGUUUCCUGCGUUUUUUACAAGAAGCUCUGGGGUAAAAUCACCAGGAAGAGUCGAUAGCCCCGGUGAGGCUGCACGUCUUUUUGCUACAAGUCUCAAUAUAAGGCCAUCAGUUGGGAUGUUGUUUGCUGUUCCAAUUCCAGAGGAUAUGCAGGCCGUAGGAGAAACAACUGCUAAGGCAAUUGAAGAAGCACUAAUUGAGGCUGAAGGAGCUAACAUAACUGGAGCCUCUGUGACACCAUUUUUGUUGGAAAGAGUCCGCCAGAUUACUGGUGAUGCUUCGUUGGAAGCCAAUAUCCAGCUCGUCCUAAACAAUGCAAAAUUUGCAGCACAAAUGGCGGGUCAACUUUCCAAACUAAGAAGCAACCCAUGCAAAGUCAAUUUUUUGUUAAAAAAACCAGAAAUUGUUAUAGUUGGGGGAUCAAACGUAGAUAUGUCUAUAAAACUACUUCCCGAAAAGCUCAAAAGUACAAAGGAUAUUUACCCACCUGCUAGCUAUCCAGGAACGGUUGAGGUGCUCGGAGGUGGUGGGGUUGGACGAAACGUUGCUGAAGCGGUUGGAAGACUUUCAAAAUCUCAUCUCUUCCUGACGGCUAUUAAGGAUGACUCGGCUGGAAAAAACCUGCUUGUCAACCACCCAUUUAUUGCUUGGCGAACAGCACCCAAUUUGCCAGCUUCCUCAAAAACAGCAAGGUACAUAGGCGUGCUAAAUCACACAGGCGAACUAUUAUUUGGCGUUGCUGAUAUGGAUAUUCACAAGCAACUAACGCCCGCUUUUGUUGAAUCAGAACUCCAGAAGGCAGCGUCACCAAAUCUUAAAGUUAUCUGUUCUGAUGGCAAUGUCGAUGUAAAAACUCUGAAAAGUCUCAUCAAAAUUGCCAAAACCAGCUCAGUUCCAUUUUGGUUUGAGCCUACAGAUCUUCACAAAUGCACCAAAAUUGUUGAGGCCGUGACGUUUGGUGAACCAAUCGAUGCGAUUUCUCCAAAUUUAACUGAACUCCAAGCCAUUUACGAACGGCUUGUUGGCAAGAAUCUUGACGUAAACCUUACAUCUCGUGAGAGUCUGGCGGAAUGCAUUUCCAACAUACGACGAAAACUGAGCUCCCUGGCAGCUAACUGGUUCGUAAAGCUCGGGAGACAUGGUGUAAUAUUUGUCAAUGAAACAGAGGCGUGUCAUUUUACUUCCCCGGUCGUGGAUCAGACAUUGAUCAAAAGUGUGUCUGGUGCCGGGGAUAGCUGCGUAGGAGCCAUUCUCUAUCUUCGUUAUUUGAAGAACUGGCCCUGGACUAGAGCCGUUUUUGGUGGGCUGAGAGCUGCUGAGCUUUCAUUGUCAUGCAUGAAACCUGUUUCAGAAACACUUUGCGCUCAAAUCUUCGAGGACGAGGAUGACCUGAAGACUUGGUCGAAGAAGAUCAAGACAGAUUUUUUCUGA